GAGAGCAUCUCGCAAACCCCCACACUGCUCGUGUGUCGUGAACAUUUUUGGAGCCUCUGGAAAAAGGAAAGAAGAAAAGAAGGAGAGAGAGAGAGAGAGAGAGAGAGAGAAAAGUCGGACUCUAAACUGACAAAAUGAUGCUGAGCAAGAGCCAAGAGGAGGCAUCACCAUGGAGCGUUUGAAAUGUCUGCUGCGGAUGAUUUUUGGGCCACUAUGCCGGCAUUUUUUUCAAAUCCUUGCACCGUGCGAUUCUGUCGAAUAACGGGGGACCUGCACAGCUGCUCCUACCGCUGCCGCCGUUGCCGGUAUGUGAACGACUUCACACACUGAAGGUAAUUUAAAAAAACGGCUCUGUGUUUUUGCUCUUGAAUUUGUUGUUGCUGCUUCUCCCCCAAACACACACACACACACACACACCUCUCUCUCCUUCUCUCUCUCGCGCACUCUAUCCCUCUCUCUCCCUUGCAUCAAAUUGAUGCUGCGUGAGGCUGCUGGGCGAUGAUGCAUCGGUGGGGUUUGACUGUGUGAAUCCUGUCAAGUCUGUGUAUACACCCAGCUCGGACCGAGGCAAUGCAAAUUCGAACAACUGAGACAGUUUCUUUUUUUUUUUGGUUCUUACGCUGACCCACCUUGCGACAAAACAAAACAACAACAACAGCAAAAAAACAUGCCUUAUUUCGACGCGAGGUGCGAGGAUGCCUGUAGCUGUGGUUGUGUCAUUGCUGCGGCACACUCCGGAGCUCCUCGGCUCAAGUCCGACACAACUAACCUCAGCUGAAGAAGAAGAGGAGACGGCGAGCUGGCAAGUGCUUCACCACCCCAACCUAAGCCAUACGAGCCCCGUGCAUGUAUGUGGGAAAAGGCCCAGCGACUGACACCUCUCGUGGGAGGCAUCUACCGGCACUGAGGUUCAGGGGCUUCCCAAGAACUGCCACAUCCUCAAAUCCGUCUGAGGACUGCUGUGAGCUUACAAGCUUCCUGAUGCUUUUUGGAGGGCAGCCCUGAUGCAUCUUGUGAGUGUGAAAACUCUAAGAGCCCCUUUUUGCCAGGUUUGCAUCACCAGACAGGAGACAGAGCAGACGGCAACUCUGUGUGUGUCAUGUUAGAGGCUGGACUCUUGCCUGCUCCCUCCAACUCUCAGCCAAAAUCUCUGACCUGCCCUGUCUGAGCCUUUUGUAUGAGCAUCACUGCUUUGCCACAGCAGCACGACGUGGAAACAGUGUCAAGCAGUACUACCAACAAUUUGCAGACAUUACAGUUUGUGUGAUUUCCCUAAAAAAAGGUGUUCCCCCUACCACUCCCUUAACACACACACGCACACUCAACUUUCAAAAUAAGAGACACCGGAAACCAGGGUCAGGAUGCAGGUGUCCUUCGCCUGCACUGAGCACAACCUCAAGAGUCGCAGCGAGGACCGGCUUUGUGGCCUUCGCACCGCUCCUCCUCCCGGAGGGAGCAGUGGAGGAGUAGGGGGCGGCGGUGGCGGUGGAGGAGGCGGCGGCGGUGGCGGUGGUGGUGGAGGAGGAGGCGGAGGAGGAGGUGGAGGAGGAGGAGGAGGAGGAGGAAGUGGACAGGGGGGCAAUGGCAACUACAUCUCCCAAGGCUCGGUCAAGACCAGGGAGGGGCCCGGGUCCCGUCAGACCCCGCAGGGCCAUGCCCACAUGAAGGAGGCCAUCGGGCGCCACACCAAUAUGAAGUACAGGAACCUGGGGAAGUCUGGCCUUCGUGUUUCCUGCCUCGGGUUAGGCACCUGGGUGACAUUUGGAUCACAGAUCUCUGAUGAGAUGGCUGAGAACCUGAUGACCAUAGCUUAUGAGAAUGGAGUGAACCUUUUUGACACGGCAGAGGUGUAUGCCUCUGGAAGAGCGGAAAUCACUCUGGGGAACAUUAUCAAGAAGAAAGGAUGGAGGCGUUCAAGUUUUGUCAUCACAACAAAAAUCUAUUGGGGGGGCCAAGCAGAGACGGAGAGAGGACUUUCCAGAAAGCACAUCAUUGAAGGUUUAAGAGGAUCCUUAUCAAGACUCCAGUUGGAUUAUGUGGACAUUGUUUUUGCCAACAGAAAUGAUGUCAACAGUCCGAUGGAAGAGAUUGUCCGGGCCAUGACCUUUGUAAUAAACCAGGGUAUGGCCAUGUACUGGGGAACCUCACGCUGGAGUGCCAUGGAAAUCAUGGAGGCGUACUCAGUGGCACGCCAGUUCAACCUGAUACCACCUGUGUGCGAGCAGGCAGAGUAUCACUAUUUCCAGAGGGAUAAAGUCGAGGUGCAGCUUCCUGAGCUCUACCACAAGAUUGGUGUUGGAGCAAUGACCUGGUCUCCACUUGCCUGUGGAUUAAUCACAGGGAAGUACAGUGAUGGUGUACCAGAGUGCUCCAGAGCAGCGAUGAAGGGAUACCAGUGGCUGAAGGAGCGAGUGAACAGUGAAGAGGGCCGCAGGCAGCUCGCUAAAAUCAAGGAGCUCCAUCUACUGGCAGACAGACUUGGCUGCACUGCAGCACAGUUAGCCAUAGCCUGGUGUCUGCGCAGUGAGGGAGUCAGCUCAGUACUUCUGGGAGUUUCUAAUACAGACCAGCUACUUGAGAACCUGGGUGCUCUCCGGAUUUUAUCCCAAAUGACCCCUCAGACCGUUACCGAGAUUGAUGCCCUGCUGGGAAAUAAGCCACACUCGAAGAAAGAGUCACGCGCUUGAAGAUGCAAAUCUGAGUGACAGAUGAUGUUUCAAGAAGACAAAGAAGACAAUGACAUUGGGAAACAUCGCUUUUUGCUCUGCUGUAUACUCAACAACUUGCAUGUCCUCAGCAACAUUAUGCUUCCAGUAUGUGCGCAUAUCCAUUUUGCGCAGUACAUUGUAUCAUGUAUGAAAAAAAAGAGAAAAUCUUUCAAUUGUGAAAAAAGAAAAAAAAAAACAGGUCAUGUAUUGCUCACUGCCAGUUAUUCACAGAUUAAUUACUUCUACAGAGUGGGAGGCUAAAACUGGUUGGAGCGACAGGUCUCUGUAAUCCCCAGAGACCAAGACAGACUGACAGAUAUUCAACUGAUUAACUGAUUGACUAUUGCUAAUGAAAUGUUCUAAAGUGGGAAAAAAAACACCUCUGUGCUAAAAUGAAACUUUACUGAGUGAACGGUGCUUUCAUUGGACAUCUCAGUCUCCUCCGCUCGCAGCUGCCUGUUAUUCUGUAUGAUGUUUAGUACCCAGCAGCCAGAGAGCCAAAGGUUAGUACUCAUGUGUCUAGCCUAACAUUUCCCAUAGUGUGCAUGUGACUGGUCUGACACGCUCACUGCUUUACAGGGUUGGGAACAAUGGAUUACUUGUGGAGUCGUUACAGUGAUCUGACUGUCAAAAAAAACAAAAAAAAAAACAUAAUCCAAUCUGGUAUUACUUUAAAAAAAGAUCAGAUCACAUGCUUUAAAAAAUAGGCCAAUUCGUUUAAUGCACCAAGACAGAGACUUAACACAUUUUACAUGUACUGAAAUAAUAAUUGGCACAGAUUACUUGACCUAAAUUAAAUCGAAUGGAUUACAUUGCAAAUAAUAACUGCAUGACUGGCUUUUAAAUUAAAGCAUCUACAAAUGCAUUAUGUCAGUUAUUAUAAUUCAAAAUUGUCAAUCAAGGAUCAAUAAUGGCUGUUAUUUUGAAAGUAACUUUCCCAACCCUGCUGCUUACUUGGCAGUCUUUUUGCCUCCUCUGUUUGUAAACUGUGCGCAUGUCCCUUUAAGAGAGAAUAGCCCUAACAGGGUGUAAAUGUGGCAUGGCUUUUAUGGCUUAUGUAGAUUUGCAGUGCCCUUGUAAGCCAUUUUUUUUACUCUAAAUGGUCUGGCAGUUUGAUCCAGGAUCUGUGUUGGUGGGCACUUUUGCUUUAAAGACUCUCUGCAGUCUGCAGACACGGCUGUGUGUCCGUCCGACAUAUAAUCUUUGUAUUGUCCUAAACUGUAUCAAAAAAGAUGUUGACAUCACUUUCAGCGAUGCCGUUCUCAUGAAGAGCAUCAUUGUUCCUAAAUCAGAGGUUUGAGGCAGUCGGGACUGUAUGGAAAGAUCACUGAGCGUCUGACACAAAGAUCUGGACACACUGUGGUGAACUAAUAGUUUUCAAAUGAUAGGACAUAUAUGAUGUGUCUGAGUUUAUCAAAUGUGAUAUUACUCUUGCCACAGGUCACUUGGGGUAAGAUUUAGCAAAUGUAACUUCUUUUUGUGGAAGCCUAAAAAUAUAGCUUCUCUGCUCAUUUCUCUGGGAGUUCUCUCUCUCUCUCUGUAUUAUUUGUUCACUCGAUUCUUGCACACAUGCACAACUCAUUUUAUACUGUGCAUCCCAUGUCUUUACCCCUCAGUUUUUGUAUUGAUUUCAGUACUGUAAUGUAAGGGGGAUUUGUUCUGUAUGUGAUUUCCCAUGAAAACAGCUCUAAUCUCCAGGGCGGGAUGUGUUUUGAUACAUGAAGUUGUAUAAGUAUUAGUUUGAAUUUAUGAAUGAAGGGAUUCCUGAAUGAGCAGCUGAAAUGUCACGCCCCUCUGUGACUCUGACGAUGUACAGUUCGACUGAGUGUAGCAUCCGGUGUACAUAAGAUACUUCAAUCAAACCUUGAAAAUGUAACUUUGCCUGCAUAACCUAUAUUUUACUGUCUUGCAAACAAAGAGAAACCAAAAGAGAGAAGAGACAACUCAUACUGAAUGUACCAUGUUUGUUGCUCAAACCUAUCUAACCUAAAGGGACAAAGCACACAACAUGUUUUAAAGGUAGUUUCCCUUUUUGUGUUCUCUGUUGCAUAAAAUCUGUUGCAUAAAAACCCACAGAGCUCUUUUGCAAACAUUUACAUUUACAAAAGUUAUUCACAGAGGCGUCGUACAGAAAUACCAUUCUGGGUCAAAAUGUGCUCUCCUGUUUAUACAAAGUCAGAUAAGAUUUUGUAUUUACCGUUCAUGACCUGAACAUAUUGGCUGGAACAGACUUAUCAUAGCUAUUAUGUUGAACAUUAAUGUUAGCUUACCUUCCAUGUUAACAUUUGGAAUAAAUUGUUUGUUUGA